AUGCACGCGAGCACGUCUGCAGCGACGCGUUCGACGAUGGACGCGGUUUUCGAAGUGCUGCGGAGCUCGGUGGACAACGCAGCGCGCAAGCAGGCCGCGGCGCAGCUGCGCGACUUGCAGGAGCGGGACCCUGAGGUGUUUCUUCAGCACACCUACGAUGGUAUCGCGUCUCAGCAGCUUCCGCCGGAGCUGCGCUUCUUCCUCUGCACGCUUGUCAUCGCGUUUCUGGACGAGUCGUGGCACAAUGCGGUGCUCAAGGAAACGCAGGAGCGGUUUCUGGAAUCGUACGUCCGCCUCCUCCUGGCUGAGGCGAACGCGCCUAUUCUGCUGGCACGAAAGAUGAGUCGCAUAGUUGCUCUGAUGGCGAAGCGCGGCUCUCGCAGGGCCCAGCUCGGUGCAAUGCCGCCUGCCAUACAGCAUGUGGUCACGUCCUACGUGUCGGAGCUGGAGAGGGCCACCGCGGCGCCCUCGCACGCGCGUGUCACAUACGUGCUCCUCUACCUGCACGUGUUCCUCAAAGAAAUGCAAGGCUGCCGCAUUGGCAACGUCUUUGAAGGUGUGUGUCGCGCCUGUGUGGCACCACUUUCCGGCGUCUUCUCACUUCUCCAGAGUGAGACAGGCAUGCUGGAGGCACACGACCUGUGCCUGUACCUCUUCAAGUGCAGUCUGCGCACGUUUGGCCGCGGGGUUUUCGAUCCGGCCUUUUGCCAUUUCUUCUUAGCAGCGACGUGGCGGCUUGCGGCGGGACUGGGGCAGGACGCGCCAGACUCACCGAACGCCAAAAGGCGGCUGCGGCUGCUGGAGUACGCGCUCAAGACGCACGAGGCAACCGUCGUGUUCUUUCCGAGUCGCCUGCAUGAGCUCGGCAUUCCGUUCUUUCUGGUCGCUGAUGAGGCGGCGGCGGCAGCGCCAUCCGCGUCGACACCGUCGUCUGCGCCUGACACGCCUGAGCACUCGAUCUUCCGACUGCUGUCAGCCGUCGUCAGCAGCCCUGUGGGCAAGGUGGUCUCGGAAAAGGCGGUGUGUCGAGCGCUGCGCUUCUUCACCUCCUUAUUGAGCGCCGAGGACGGCGAUGCAUUCAUCGCGCACUGCCUGCAGCGCUACACCACCUCGGUGUACUUCGCCCCUCUCUUGCAGCACAUCGUCAGCGCGUACCUGGCGGAUACAACAACGCCGGAAGCACUAUCGGAGUGGUCGAGGCACCCAGAGCAGGUGGCGGCUGGGUUGGAUGUCGACAUGGAUGACGAGACCUCCACGAUGAGCUGCGCGGAGCAGCUCUUUCUGGCUUUCACCGGCUCGACAGCGUGCGCCAGCGCGAGCCUCGCGGCGGCCUGGGCUGUUGUGAACCAGCUGCUCCAAGAGGGAGAUGUGGGCCCUGUCACCGCGGCCCUGCACGCGAUCGGCAUCGGCUAUUACACUAUGGCCUCCGAGGACACCUCCUCCUACCUCGACUUUCUCCGCGGAAAGUUGCUGCGCUUGCUCGACCCCGCCACCCUGGCGCAGACGUCGCCGUUCGUUGCCCGCCGUGUGGUGUGGUUGGUGGGCAUGUGGUGUGAGUCGGUGACCAGCACUGAGGAUCGGCGUGCAGUCCUCUCCGCCCUGGAGACGGUGCUGCAGCACGCCGUUGCCACUCAGAAGAUUGUCUUGGUGUUGGUUGCGCUCAAGUCGACGGAGAACUUCGUCUCAGACAAUCAUUUUACACCUUCGGAGGUGCCGCCCACCAUGGUGAACACGGUGCUGCGCACGGUGCAGGAGCUGCUGUCUCGCGUGCAGAGCCCGACCACCAUCAAGGGCCUGGCGGGGCUGGUGCAUGUGCUCAUUGAGAAGGGUGCUCUUCAGAGUCAGGGUGAUGUUCUCGUGCAGCUCUUCCUUCCACCUGCGCUGACCGUCAUCAAGUCCUACGAGGCGCAGGCUGCCAAUGCGGGCAGAACGGGUGGUGCGGGGCUGGCCGUAGAUGCGGACGAGAUCGGCGAUGAAGAAGGCGGCGCAGAUUCGCUGAGCUCGUUGAACAUGCUGCUGGAGUGCCUCGGCAGCAGCCUCCGCCAUGGCGACUCUGACGCUGUGAUCUGGUCGCUGCUGCCUUGCGUCAUUGUGCCGUGCACGUCGCCGAUGAGCGCCGCGACGGCGUGGGUGGAGGACAACGCAUGGGAGCUGUUCCUCGUGAUGACCCAAUCUUCCCGAACCUUUUUUGCCCCCGCUGCGGCGGAAGCACUGCAGAUGGCGCUGCAGCACACGACGAGGGACUUCGGCAUGCUACCGCUCGUCUUCCGCGUGGUUUACACCCUCCUCCUCUUGCGGCAAGACGGUGCGGAGGAGGUGGUGUCGCCAGCGCAUCUGAAGGCAUGGAUGACGAUGCUGCGCGAGAGCCUCUCUGCAGAGCUCUGUAGUGCCGUCGCGGCGGCCACCUUCGCCGUGUGGCGCACGAGUGCAGGCCCGCUUAGUGCGCUGCUUUGCCAACACGCGGCGCAGGCGCUGGUUCUCUCCAGCGACGUGCAGUCGGAGCAACACACGAUUCCGCUGGCCCUGAUCCUUGCCCUGAGUUUCGCGUCUGCCACCGGCGGCGAGGAGGAGCAGCAGCUUGCGGCUCAUGUGCACGCUGCAGUGCAGUCGUGUGCCCCAAGUGGCUCCUACUCGAAGCUCCUGGAACAGGUGGUGCUGCUGCUGGACGUGUCACCGAGCACCUUGGUAAGUCGCGCUCUGGCGCGUCUGCUGGAAGUGCUGUGCCGGACUUCCACGGCCCCACUCGCAGGUGAUGAUCUGGCGAUGGUGCAGCGGGCCAUGGAGGGCGUCGCAGCAACGAGCGGUGCUACCGCGUCCGUGACGGGCGCUGACGACGAUGAUGCGGAGGAUCGCGCUGCACCAGAGAUGCUGCUCGAGCUGUUGGGAGACGAGGAUAUUCCACAGGGGUGCCCUCACUUUGCACGCGUCAUGCGCGCCUUCGCCGCCCUUCUCUCUUGA